CAAAAACACGCAGAAAUAUACCAGAGAAAUACACUAACCGAGAAUAACACCACGACAUACUGAAACAAAUUACGGAAUAUCUGCAAAACCUCUCGGUUAUUAUAAUUAUUACUACUACUACUAUUAUUAUUAUUACUAUUAUUAUUAUUUAUUAUGGCCGAUACAUCUGCGACACAGAAUGAUGAAGCAGUCAAAGAACAAGCAAAGCCAAUCACACCACCGAUGACAUACAAAAAGAACGAGGUGAAAGAAUUCACACAACUACUAAUCAAAUACAAGAAUAUGUUGACGGACAGAGAAAGAAGUCCGCGAUCACUGCUGAUGAAGAAAAACAUGUGGGUGCGAUUCUCAGAAUAUCUGCACUCGAAAGGAUAUCCGAGACGACACUGGACUCGACUCCGUUAUAAGGGAUGGAAAAUUCUGAGAAAGCUGAAUCUCACCAUGACAGACAGACUGGCCUCAGUGUGUCCCGAUAUUCCGAAGUCUUCUGAAUCCGUCUCUAUUCAUCACGUGGUGGUCAGUGGUAAUGGAGAUUCCGAUGUGAGUGGCCAGUACACUUCGGUAGGUAAUGUUGACUCGAGUGUUCGUCAAUUGAGUCUGCCGUUACUGACUCCCUCACCAUGUGUUUGGAUGUCACAGAGACCCCACAUCAAUUCAACGCCUUCUACGGUCUCCACUGACACGAAUCCUUCAAACACGAUGGGUCUGAGAAUCUUGAACGCCUACUCAAUAGCUCCUAUCCCCCAGAAUUUGUGUGUUCCAUACGACUCAGUGGAGAAGACUGUGAAUCGUACGAAUAGGAGCGACGAGUUGAGUAAUGGAGUUCGAGCACACAGUGGAGUGAAUGAAUCUGUGAGUGUUUCGAAUGGUGUUGGUGAGGUGAAGGGUUGUCGUGUUGGCGAUGUGGGAGUUGGUGAAGGGUGUGUUGGAGGAGGUGGUUCUGGCGUGAGUGAGACUAUUGAUUUGUCGUUGUCAAGUGAUGACGAGAGUUGUGAGGAGAUGGAUGUGAAUGGAGUUGGUGAUGAUGGAGUGGGGAAUGUUGAUUCAAGUGACCGGGGUUAUAGAUGUGAUGUGGAUGAGAGAAGAAGACGUGAGUCGUUACUGUUUGAGAAGAAGAUGCGAUGUCUGGAUUUGGAGAUUGAAGCUGCGGAAAUGUGGCUUGAAAGUAUGAGAAUGAUGAAAGAAUAUUAUUGUAGGAAGUGGAAUUCAUUGUCGCAAUCUUGAAGACAGAAUGAGGAAGGAAGUACGCGUAAAUCAGAUAUCCCUAGUUUUUAUUAAUUUCGAUAUUUAUAAUAAAUAUUUACAUGUAUGUAUUCACUAAUGAUGUCUUUUUGAAUGAGUUACUGUAGCGUGUAAUUUGAAAAUAGUUUUGGUGAGUAAUGUGGCAUGUAUUGUGAAAGAGAGCAUGUGUAGCCAGCCAGCCAGCGAGCGACUUAGUUGGCUGGCGUCCUCCGGUGUAGAAGGUGUUCUGGGAAAUGUGAGUUUGAUUUUGUCUACUUAUGAUGAUGGGAGCCAGCCCGACGAUGUGGGUGUUGUGAGUGAUUGAAAUGACGACGUGGGAUUUGUUUUGACUGAUAGUUGUUGUGCUUGAAACAUUGUAUGUGUGUGUGUGUUUGUGGUUGGGGGGUGGGGUGGGGAGU